AUGAUCACCGCCAUUCAAAACCUGGCCAUUACCUGCCGAAAGGUCCGCGAGGAACUCACUGACGUGUACUUCUUUAGCAUUAUCCCGAGGACGCGGCUCCAUUUUGGCAUGGUUUAUCCACCCCUUAGUGUUCGCAUCUACAACCGGUACCGCGGCCCUACUGAACACGCUCCGAAGCUCACACCUCACGCCCUUCCCAACUACGCAAUGUUUGAGGUGCUCCAGUCGUCGUCGCUUUUUACCGACUAUAUUCAGCAUGUCAGCAUCUGCUGGACUGGUUGUCUGUGCUUCGACAGAUCAAAAUACCAACCUCCAAUGCAGCCUCAUGUCCUAGAGUGGCUGACAAAGUUGAAAAGGCUCAAGACAGUCGGUGUCCUAUCUACGAAUGGUUGCACAUACUGCGACAAAUGCCUCCCAAAGCUCCUAAGGCUGUCCAGGACGUUGGAAAAGGUCGUAAUUUGGACGCUGUUUGAGGACGAUGAUGAGGCUAUAGAGUAUGACGAGGAGCAGAUUAAGUCGUACUGGAUGCUGAGGGCUGGCGCAUUGGCGUUAAUGGCCGCAGAGGAGGAGAUGAAGGAGAUUGGGGAGAGUACGGUGCCUUUGGCUAGGUAUGAGGCACUCUUGCCGGCUAUUGAGGAAGAACUUAUCCAUGAGAGAAAGGAGUCGGUUGUCUACGGGGCUGAGUACCGCAUUGGUGAUUUUAGUGAAUAG